UGUAUAUGUUUUGUAGCACGAUGGUCUCAAUCAAAAAGCAGAUUUAACUUUAAAAGGCGUGGUCGGUACGAUCGUUAAAGACUAUUUUUCGCGCCUAACACAAUCGCAACGAGUAUUAUUUGAAGCUUUGUCAUUUGGAAGAUUCUUAGGAAUGCAUGUCCCCCAUGGUGACCCCUUACUUGUGCAUUUGAUGAUGUUGCAUGAAGUAAGGUCUCAACAAAUGUAUAAAAUGAGGAUGUUUCUUUUUGAGAUACAGGAGAUGUAGUUGGAUUUUGGUGAAACUGAAUAUAUUUUGAUUUGUGGUUUAAGAGUCGGUCCUUAUGUGGAUUUACUCCAUGACGAAAGAGGUCGGUCAAAUUCAAAUCUUCGUGAUCGGUUGUUCCCAGACAUUAUAGAUGCACGUUUGCGGCUGAAAGAUUUAGAAGACUACAUUAUGUCUCCGAAUUAUUUGUCACUUCAGGAUGUAGAUGUUGUAAUGCUUAUCUAGCUUGUUUUUUAUGUUGAAAGGUCUCCACGGACGGGACGUUAAAACGGGCAUUCUCGUGGCAGUAUACAAGCUUGCUGAUAAUAUAGAUGAUUGGAACAGGUUUGCAUGGGGUACAUAUUUAUGGAUCUAUACUUCGGGGUUGAUGCGUGGAAUGUUUGAGAAAAUAGAAAAUUUUAGAAUAUUCAAGUAAGCCAAUCCUGAAUCCAAGAAAGUACACAAGUAUACCGUUGCCGGUUUUAUGCUUCCGUUUAAGAUAUGGAUCUUGGAGACGUUCCCAGAGGCAACCCAGUAUUAUAUAUGCACGCCGACAGAAUUGCCACAAAUGAGGUCAUGGAGAAGUAAAACACUGUUAUCUUGGGUUCAAUGUCGUCGAAUAAUCAACGUGUCUGUGCCUAACAACCAUCCUAUUGUUGUCGUGGCAAAUGCGACGGAGCUCAUGUUGCCAUUUUAUAUUCGCUACGUCAAUCAGACUCUUAACCAUGAAGAGUCUCCCCCACGGCAACAUAGUCCCCCCAUUGUUGCCUCGCCUCCUCGAAGAAAGAAGUACAAGUCGGAAACAUCUUCGACUGAAACUGCCACAAAUGCGUCUUCCUCGCAACAGCCUGAAGUAGAAAGAACUUAUAUGUCAAGCGACACAUCAACAAGGUCGAUCAAGAAGAAGACGCGCACAAAGGCAUUGGUGAAGCGUCUAAUAGGCGUUGUGGCUGACUUAACUUCUAAAGUAGAUCGUGUAUUACAGAAAAAAGAUGAACCAGAUACAGGGUUUGGAGAGGAGGAGGACAUGGGAAAUGAAGAGGAGAAAGAAACAUAUUACCAUGACAGUCUUUAUGCUGCUAGUACGUUGGGUUUUUGGAAAGAAUGGAAUAUGAUCUCUUCCAACCUCAACACUACACACAGGCUGCAUAUACUCCCACUGGAUGUGGAGUUUUGGUCAAGGUUACUUACAGUUACUGACUCUGGGUGGUUAAUUUCUUCGCAUAUUGCGAUAUGGACAAAUGAUGUUGGAGGCUAUCCUAAAUGGAAGGAUGUGGAUAUGGUUCUAUUCCCCAUAAACGUUGUUGGUGUCCAUUGGUUUUUAGCAGUGCUAUAUUUAAAUACCUGGAAAAAUUCAAAAAGUUUUGGGGAUAGUAUUAUCUCAGAGCUAGAUGUGAUUGAGUUCUGGAACGAUUUCCCCGAUGGACACAAAGCCAACACAAAUGUGGAGUUUGUUGAUACUAUAGACGGGCCACAUCAAGAAUAUAUUGAAGUUAGAGGGGAUUAUGGAGUAUUCAUAUGCAUGUUUAUGGAAAUGAUCGUUUCGAGGGUACCGGUGAAGAUUGAUAAGCCACAUAGAGAUGCGGGAUUUCUCUACAGAAAUAGGAUGACAAAUAUUAUUUGGGAUACUAUAUAA